AUGAGUCCCUGCAACAUCCCAAUUAUCGUCCUACCAGCGACAUCAUCUCCUGCUGAUAUUAAGAGAGCCAUCGAUGCGAACAACCAGACUGUAGCAAAAUCCGAUGGGAGGAGAAACAAAUGCAAGAGCAAAAAGAGCUUCGCUGACUUCAAUCUUGCUUCCUUACCAUACAAAGUGUUGUUCAUCUUUGGUGUUAUCGUUGUGCUGUUACAGAACAACACCACUUCUUCCAGCUUAGAAGUUAGCAGAAAUGGCAGAUCUUUAGGUGAGUACUACCAAGAUGACCACUAUGAAUAUGAGGCAAGAGGAAGAAGAGGAGGAAACAGGUGGCAAGAGGAGGAGAUGUAUAACCCAAGAAUGAGAGGUGGUAACCAUGACUACUAUGAUGACAGAAGCAUGGGAUAUCGAUCUGGUCCAGAUGAUAGACAUACUUUUCAUCGCAUGGAACCUCACCCAGCAUACGAUGAUGAAAGAGAUGAUAAGGGUAAUACUAUUGUUCCCAGUACUCCAGCUCCAGCCAAACCUGAUGAUGAUGACCAGGGUAAGGUAGACGACCACAAGGUAGCUCCAAAUCCUGAUGCACCCGAGCAUGACCCCAAUAAUCCACACGCCGAUCCAGAAACACCUGGUAAACCAGAUGAUGAACAUCAUAAGGAUGAUAAGGGUAAUGAGAUUCAUAUAGAUGAUAAUCAUGAGAUCAAACCUGAUGAUGAUAAGGAUGAUAAGGAUGAUAAGGGUAAAAUUAUUCCACAUCCAGCACAGCCCAUUGAACCCAGUGAUGAUCCUCAUCACGAUGGAUCUCAGCCCGACAAGCCUGGACCUGAUGGUGGCUUAAAAGGAGUAGCGGGUGGUGAAGGUCCUUAUGGUCCAGAUGGAAAAGGUGACAGAAGCGGAGACGAAAGAGAAUUCAGAAACUAUGAUAACCAUCGCGGAAGACCUAUGGAUGACAGGAGAGGAAGAGGUGGAUAUGACGAUUAUUAUGGUCCCGAUGGAUACGGAAGUGAUUAUGGCAGACGCUAUGGAGAUGAUAGCCGUGAAAUACAUUACGCAAACAGUGAAAGAAUGUAUGAUGAAGAAUACCACGGAAGAGGUGGAAGAGGAGGUGAUGACCGAUCCAUUCAUUAUGCAGAAAACCAAAGAAUGAUAGAUGAAGAUAUGCCAUAUCCCCCUAAUGGACGAUUCAGAGAUGACCGUUCAGGCAAUUAUGAUAGAUAUAAUUCCAUGAGAUUUGAAGAUGAUUAUAACCAAGGCCCAAGAGGUGGAAGAAUGGGAGGUGCAAAUCCAUUUAAUGUCCCCCCAAAAGGUGGAAGAGAUGACGAUCACAUGAUUCACGGUGCUCACCCAAAUAGAAUGAUAGAUGAUAUGAAUGACCCAAGAAAAUUCAAUCACUCCAGAAACCCACAUGCAAAACCUGAAGAUGACCCAAGACAAAUCCAUAGUUCUCGUGCACAUCCGAUGAAACCUGAUGACCACUUCUUUGAUGACGAUAGAUUUGGCCCCCACGGUGGACCAGGAAAAUUCCAAGAUGGAAGAAACAGACCUAUGCCUGGAGGACCACAAGGAAAUGUAGGAGGAAGAGAUCAACCAGGACGAGGUGGAAGACUUGAUAUGGAAGAAGACCAAUUCGGCUCCAGAGGAGAUUUCAUGAGAAGACCUCCUCAAGAUGGACGCGGAAGACCUGGACCUAGUGGCAGAGACAUGCCAGGACGCCCCCAGGGUAACAAUGAACAACUCCCAUUCGGAUGCACCCGAGCUGAAUUACAAGAACAGAUGACUGAAGAAGAAUUAAACAGCAAAAUCAAAAACUUGAGACCAAACGCAACCGUUAAGGAAAUGUUCGUUCUGUUCAACCAGAUACUCUCCUUCGAAAGAAAGAAGUUUGUUAAGAUGCAAGAGUACAUUAUGCAAUACUCACAAUACUUGCAGAAGACUCUGUUGUUACCAACCCCAAUCAGAAUGAAGUACUGGUGGAGAGCACACUACAACAUGACCGAUGAGUUGAUUAAGAAAGAGAGAGGAGAUUUCCAAGAUUUCUAUGCCUUUGUAAGCAAGGGACAAUGCCAGAGAUGGGACUUCCUUUACUUCGCCAAUGCUAAGAGAAAAUCGUGGGAUGAACUCAGAGAUUUAAUGAAGAGCAUAUGGAUGGAAAUCUUAACCUACAAGAUGAAGAAACACAGUAAAUUGUAA